UUGGCCGAAUGUGCCCAUUCACGAUUACAAGGCGAAAACGUAAACAAACCAAAGAAAGAAAGCGACAAAAGUACUAGACGACGACGACAUGACCUUUAAUUUACUGAAUAUCUGUAGGCGUGGCUUUCACGCGAGUCCUGCAAGACAACAAAUAAUCCAGAGUGGGACGCCCACCAAACGGAUAUGCAUUGUGGGCGCCGGACCCGCCGGUUUCUAUGCGGCCCAGUAUCUGCUGAAGCAUCUGGGCGACUGUGUUGUGGAUAUUGUUGAGAAGCUGCCGGUUCCCUUCGGUCUGGUGCGCUUUGGCGUUGCGCCCGAUCAUCCGGAGGUCAAGAACGUCAUCAACACCUUCACAAAGACGGCCGAGCAUCCGCGUCUUCGCUUCUUUGGCAAUGUCGCACUGGGUGCAGAUGUGAGCCUGCAGGAGCUGAGGAACCAAUACCACGCCGUGCUGCUCACCUACGGCUCCGACCAGGAUCGGGAGUUGCAGCUGGACAACGAGCAGCAGAGCCAUGUGAUAUCUGCCCGCAAGUUUGUGGCCUGGUACAAUGGACUGCCGGGCGCAGAGCAACUGCAGCCAGACUUGAGCGGCCGCGAUGUGACGAUUGUGGGCCAAGGCAAUGUGGCUAUCGAUGUGGCACGCAUGCUGCUCAGUCCCCUAGAUGCACUCAGAUCCACAGACACGACGGAGUAUGCCCUGGAGGCACUCUCACGCAGCCAGGUGGAGCGGGUGCAUCUGGUUGGUCGGCGGGGUCCUCUGCAGGCCGCCUUCACCAUUAAGGAGCUGCGCGAAAUGCUUAAGUUGCCCAACGUUCAAACACGCUGGCGCUCGGACGACUUCUCGGGAAUUGCCAACCAGGUGGAGCAGCUGCAGCGUCCGCGCAAGCGACUGACGGAACUGAUGCUCAAGAGUCUAAACGAUCAGGGAAAGGGUUCAUCGUCGGACUCAAAGCAGUUUCUGCCAAUUUUCCUGCGUGCCCCAAAAGCCAUCGCUGAGGCCGAAAUGGAAUUCUCCGUCACAGAACUCCAGCAGGAUGCCGCAGUGCCCACAGCUGCCAUAGAACGCCUGCCAUCGAAUUUGAUUUUGCGCAGCAUUGGCUACAAGUCGAGUUGCGCUGACGCCGGCAUUAGCUUUGACGACCGACGCGGCCAUGUUCGCAAUCGAGAGGGUCGCGUCCUGCAGUUGGAUGCGACAGGCAGCGUGGAUGCUGGCCUGUAUGUGGCCGGAUGGUUGGGCACUGGCCCAACUGGCGUUAUAUUAACCACAAUGAGCGGCGCGUUUGCUGUGGCCAAGAACAUCUGUGACGACAUAGCAGCCAAUGCCCUGGACACGAGCUCAUCAAAGCCUGGCUUCGAGGCGGACGACAAGCGUGUGGUCACGUGGGACGGCUGGCGGCGCAUUGAUGAUUUCGAGAUUGAAACGGGCAAGGCAAAGGGAAAGCCACGCGAGAAGAUUGUCAGCAUAGCCGAAAUGCUGCAAGUUGCCGGUGUAUAA